AUGACAGCGCUGUUGCGCCAGCUGUCGGGCUGCCCGCUGCGCUCGCUGGCCUGGCGACUCUUCCUGCAUGUGCUGCCGACGGAGCCGGCCGUCUGGUCCGAGCUGACGCGCGAGAACCGCCGCCUGUACCAGCUGGCCAAGAGCACCUACACCGACUACACGGACCUCAACGACACGAACAUCAGCUGUCGGCUCAACAACCCGCUCUCCGUUGACGAACAGAGUCCAUGGUGUCGCUGGUUCGAGCACGCCGAAAUGCGGCGCGUUAUCAGGCAGGACGUGGUGCGCACCAUGCCCGAGGUGGCGCUCUUCCGGGAGGACGCUGUCCGCCAGCUUAUGACCGACGUGCUGUUCGUCUUCAUGCAGAAGCACCCCGAAGUGGAGUAUGUGCAGGGGAUGCACGAGCUGCUGGCGCCCAUUGUCUACCUGCUUCUGCGGGAGUACAACAACUUCUGCGACAUCAGGGCCGUCCACAGAGACCCACACCCUGAUUUCGACCUGCUGGAGAUCCUUCUGGACAAAACUUACGUCGAGCAUGAUGCGUUUUACCUGCUGGAGAAGGUGCUGCUCAUGAUGGACUGGAGCGGCUCGGUCAACCGACACCGCGAGUACAGCGACGCUCCAGCCGCCGGCCGGCCCGGCGACCGGCCCUUCAGCAAGCUGCUGGAGCUGGGCGUGGAGCCGCAGCUGUUCGGACUGUGA